AUGUCAAACCCAGCAUUCCUCAUUCUGAUUAGGAGUCAGAUAACGCCGCAUAUGAUAGAAUAUGUCAAAGACAAAACAGCCGCUAUUCUUCCGUGCGAUCCUACUCUAAAUGAACACACAGAAGUGCCAUCGCUAACGUCGUUUAUCCAACAUUUAGUAUCACGAUCGAACGUAUCUACCGGCACAUUCCUAUCAACACUUGUGUAUUUAGAGCGAUUAAAGAACAGAUUACCAAAGAAUGCUAGAGGAAUGUAUUGCACGCGCCACCGAAUCUUUCUCACCACUUUAAUUGUCGCAUCAAAAUACUUGAAUGAUUCAUCUCCGAGGAACAAACACUGGGCUCGAUGGGCAGGAAUCUUUUCCUUGGCUAAAGUUAACUUGAUGGAGCGUCAAUUACUUUGCUUGCUUGAUUUCGAUCUGCGAAUCACCGAAGCAGAAUUUGUACGACAUCUGAGUAUAUUCUAUGCAAGAUGGCCUCAGUCACGUGGUUCGUUACUGCAAAUACAGAAGAAAUCUCUGCAACUGUUAUCUCGUGGGACACUCGGUAUGCAAUCCCACUCACCAUCAACGACAGUGAUGUCAUUGCCGUCAUGCCGACAUAUUUCACAUCACGCACAACAAUAUCAUCAAGCGAGCCAGAAGCCCUUUUGUUUACAAUCCACGAGAACGUUUGUUGAUUCAUCUUCUAAUAUCCCAUAUGGAGAUUACUGCCAAGGAAUAUCCGAUAGGGAUUCCGGGAUGGAAGACAUAAUAUAUGCAUACAACGGAAUGACAGAAAACGACUCUCAGUAUCAAGGUCUAGAUUUUUCUAAAGAUGAACAUGGUAGACGAUUAUCUACUACUUCUACAUGCUCGACAGCGUCUUCAAGUUCGGUGGCCACUCCGGUUUCAAUACAAGUAUUUCAUCAGCAGCACAGGUACAUGUCGACUGCACAUCCUGUAUACGUUCCGAAAGAUACAGCAGAAACCCCUUCAUACUCAGACAUUUGUUGA